CAAUUCUAUCCUGAAAAAAUUCAAAGUAGAAACACGAAAUCAAGGAAGUAUACCCACCAGUGCGCAAAAUCGUAAAAUUCGCAAAUGUGUACUGAAUCAUUAUUUCGAAGAACGCUAGAUAGUUGAGUGAUCCAAGAGAAAUUCUCUGAAUAUUUUGUUUGUAAACACUCCACAGGUGACUACAGAACAAGGAUAUCUAUCUAAUACUGGAAAUUUUUUAAGAAAACCGCAUCGCUUCAAAAAAUAACCAUGACCGACCAAACAGCAGAUAACCAGGCGGAGCAAAGACUCGCAGAUUUGAAGCUUGAAAACGGUCCAGCAACUCCAGAACCUCCAAAAUCCGAGACUCCACAACCACCUGCAGCAAAUGGAACAGCAGAAACGGCAAGUUUCUCGGAUAAGUUCAAAACCUUCGCCAAGUUCGGUGAUCCUAAAUCUGACGGGAAACAGAUAACCCUUUCCAACAGUGACAAGUGGAUGAAGCAGGCAAAAGUGAUAGAUGGAAAGAAGAUAACCACGACAGACACUGGUAUAUAUUUCAAGAAGUUGAAGAGCCAGAAAGUUGGAAUAGCCGAUUACAACAAGUUCUUGGACGAUCUGGCCAAAGCGAAGAAGAUGGGAGUGGAGGAGAUCAAAAAUAAAAUGGCGGGGUGUGGAUCGCCAAGUCAUCAUGGGGUUGGGGCAGUGAAGGCCACAAGUACUGUUGAACGACUGACCGACACUUCGAAGUACACAGGAUCACACAAACAACGAUUCGACGAAACAGGAAAAGGCAAAGGCAUAACCGGAAGGAAAGAUAUGCCAGACACUUCCGGUUAUGUGCAAGGAUUCACCAAAAAGAAUUAAGGAUGAGAGAGGAAAAUGAAUGGAAGAGUUGUUUAUACUCAUUUCAAGUUGAUGAGAUUAAUAAAAAAACCGAUAUUUUGAUUCGUACUCGAGAAAUGUGAAAAUAGAUGCAGAUAAAAAUGAUAUUAAAUUUUAAUUAUUGAAAAAAAAAUUUUGAACAUGACCAAGAAAUAGUUCAUUGAUGAUAACAAAUAUUUUUUGUACUUAACUGAUUUAUUUAAAAGGAAAGAAUGUAUUCUGAAUUUCUUCCAUAAUAAUAUGAGGAUUUUUUCUUGGAUUAGAUCAUUGUCCCUAGAAGAUUUUCUUUAUUUUGGGUAUUUAUAAAGUUGGCGAUGUAUAGAAUAUAAGUUUAUAUUAUAAAUAAAGAACAUUUAUAUUU